AUGCUCGAGCUGCGUUUUGCCGCGCUAACGAGGAGACAGACAAGCCAUUCAAGUUACAGUCACAAGUACGUGACACGCAUAAUGGAGAAGGCUGUAGCAAACUCUUCAUUGCAAAGCAAGAUUGGAGACAAUAACCAUCAGACAGAUAAAAGAGAUUUAAAUCCGACAUCGCACUGUAAUGAAGCUCCUGCUAUGCAACAGCAGGCACAGUUUACGUGUUCUCUAUACAUUUCACGUGCUGGCGGCUUUCAAGAACAAGAUCAUAGGAUCCAAGAUUGCGAACUACUGCGAACUCAUCUCGAAGAAGCUAUAGCGGCUUCCGAGCCGUUAUCGAUGUGGCGUGUCUCUGAGACUCCAUGUGGUCUUAUAGCUGCUUUCGUACGAGAAAACGAUGCCGAGAAACUCUUGCAACGCGGCGACUUAGCUCGAGUGUUUGGAGGACCAGUGCAAGUAGCACGAUUUUCGGCAAGAGAUUCCCGAUAUCGCCAAGCCGUGCUUCUGAGAGACGUGCCAUGGGCUAUACCGCUGCAGGAUAUAAAUUCGGCUCUGGCAAAGCAAGGAAUUGUCGCAGGAAAUGUUGAACGUUCUCGACAAUUCGUUCGAGUAGAGGUUUUUGAUGCGGGUCAUUACGAAGUUUUAUUACGUCAAGGUCUGGACUUUUUCGAAGUGGCUCGUUUCAAUGCUGUUCCAGAACGCUGGUGGCGAGGCACCGCAUGCUCGUUCGGUAUACCCUCACGAUAUGCAAACGAUGGAAACAAUAUUCCACAAGCAUAUCAAGAAAAUAUAUCGCAAACGGAUAGUGUAUUGCAAUGCUACCGAUGUCAGGGUUUCUGGCACGUGGCCGCUAAUUGCCGACAUUUGCCUCGCUGCGUCCGCUGCGGCGAACCACACAGCGUUGAAUUUUGUCCAAGGCCGCGGAAUAACCCUAUAUGUUGCCAUUGUUCCGGACCCCACCACGCCGGAUAUAGACAGUGCCCAGUCAGAUUGCAGCUGUCUAAUGCGACUCCCGUGAGCAUUACGUUGAGUACGAGUGGGGUUCAAUAUCCAGCGAGCGCUACAAAUAAAUCGAAUCCCUCGUGCCAUUCUCUAAGACAAGGACACUGUUAA